CAAAGAGCUACAAGAGCACCCCGUCGCCAGGCACUACUCUUGGUCUAAUGCCCGGAUAGUCUGCGUUGCAUGUCAGCUUCUGAGGAGUAACCUCGACGUCCCGGUGUGGCAGGACAAUCUGCGGUGGCUGGCCCAAGCGCCCAUGCCAGAAGUACGAGGCCGCUUCCUGGUCUCUGUCUUCAACGGCAAGAGCUCCUACGAGGCUGAAUGGGUUCAGGCUGCCCGGCGCGUGGCGACAGGUCUCUUCAAUUCCUUGGAGGCCAUCCAGACUGGCGGCGAGGCGCGUCUGGCAGCUUGGGAGGAGGGCCGCGACCGCGUCCGGCAGACGGCAAGGCCCAGGGUAGUGAGGAAUGACAUGACUCACGAGGAGAUUGCGGGCGAGCUCCUCAAGGUCAUGCUUUCGCCUUACAGCUUCCGGGACGUGACUGGUCUGGAAGUUGCUCUCAGCAACGCCUCAGUCGAUCGCCUGGAUCCUCAAGGUCACCACACCCUCAGGAACUCGCGGAUCGUCUCCCGUGGGGUCAACCUGUUUCGGACGGAUGCCCUGGACGACAGGUUCCUGGUAGAGGUGCUCAAACGCUGGAAGGGUCAGCCGUUCUCAAGUCUCUUCGACGAGAGCUUUACCUCCAGUCACCCACCAACCAUCGCCACAACAACAACAACAACGACGACGACGACGACGAUAUGGUCAAAUUCUGCAUGGGACCCUCUUGUGAGGAGGACUUUCCAACGCCUUCCCAGCUCCAAGCGCACUUUGUAGCACAGCACCUCCCCGAUGGCGCUCUCAAUUGCACCUGGGGAGAUUGUCACCAUAUCGCAAGCACCAGAAGUAGUCUUCAAACUCACUUAUUGACACAUACCGGCUACAAGCCGCAUGUAUGUAAUGUCCCCGGCUGCGAGGCCGCCUACUCGCAGUCCUUUAACCUCAAGCAGCACAAGGAAUCAAAGCAUGCCGACAGCGAAUUCCCCUGCACGGUGAGAGGGUGCGGGAGGGUAUACGCCUCC